AUCGGUCUCUAAUCUUGCAGUUUGGACAACCUCGGCUUGAAUGUGAGUAAGAGUCUUCAAUUAGAUUCACACAAAGUAUCUGGUGGUAUAUUGGAGUGUUUGGGAACCCCAAAACCACCAAGUUUUGCCUACCGACCACUCUUUGGAAACAUUCUUCACACUAGCCGACUUCACAUCACACACCCACUUCGGAUAAAUCUCCCCCAAAAUCCAGAAGAGAAAGCCACCGCCGCUCAGCUAUGGCUGCCCAAGAAAGGAAAAUCGAUUUGCAAGACAUCAAGAACGGCGGCUUGUCAGACACCGAGCUCCCUCUCUUCCGAGCCCUCGACUCAGCUCUCAACUCCGCCGACGCUGUAGAGAGUUCAGCAGCGGAAGCUGCCUCAAGCAUAUGCGGCUUCCUCCCAGCAUCGGCGUCCACCGACGACGUUGAGGAAUUCCUCUGGACCUUCUGGGGCUUGUUGAUCCAGGUUUCUCGCGCGGUGCCACACGAUCACGCCGGGCAGCAGAUACUGGUGAACAUUGUGAAGGAUCUCCAUGGCAAAGACCCAGCAGCGACGGUGAAGAUAUGGGCAGCUAAAACGUCCCUCUGGAAAGACCUUCCACUUCUCGGGCCGUGCAUGAGAGAGGCCUGGUUCGACCCAACUAGCAAAGUCCAAUCACUCGACGCCAAGGCCAACCAGGAAUGGGUCAACCAAAACUCCUUCGCCUCCCGCCUCUUCGGCGCUCGUCUCACAUCCUGGCCUAUUCUGGGACUCUGGCAGCUCCGAGCCUCGCUAGAGGAGCCGGGAAGCGGUCCCGCUCUUGACUCCCGCGUCUCGGCGACAUGCGAAUGGGUCGUCCAUGCCGGCCGACUCCUGCUGGGUGAGUGUCGUGCCGACGCGGCGCUGGAUCAGGCAGAGGCCAGGGCCCAGAGGCCUGGGUCGCUAUACGAGGGCAAGGCGGGGUUUAACAUGGAUCGAUGGGGGUUUUGGAAGAGGCGUUUUGCAGAGCUGGGUGCUGAGGACGGUAUAAAUGCUGAGGUGAAGGAUCUUGCGCGAUCAGCUACUGAGACGAUGGAGGCUCUCGAGGCUGGGACUUGAGUAUGUUAGGAAAGUGGC